AUGGAUAAUCCGGAAAAUUUCAUUCUUGAUCAGCUGACUAAAGAUGAUUCAUUCAAAGCAUUCACUGAGAAUGAAUUUGACGCAAAGUCCUAUGCCACUAAAAUCAUAGAAGGCCAAUUUGUAUCCCAGCAACUUGCCAAUUUAUCUGAAGGUAUAAAUCUCCUGAAUAAAGAAAUUCAUCGACAGGUGAGUGACCAUCAUGAAGACCUUCUCUCACAGGCCACUGGCAUUGAAGCAUUGGAAAGUGUUUUGCAGACGAUGCAGACGAGAAGCCACUCAUUGUUAUCUGCACUUGAAAGAAUAAGGUCAGUGGUGUUGGAUCCAUACUGUAAGAUAGUUGCCAGGACUCAACAACUAAAGAGGCUGCAAGAAACCUGUGGUAUGUUGAGACAAAUCGUUAGAGUCAUCUAUAUAAGCAAACGUCUGCAGGCUCAAUUGCAAGGCGGCAAUAAAGAAAUAACGAAAGCCGCUCAGUCCAUCAAUGAACUCGAUUAUGUAUCAACAAACGGCUACGACCUAUCGAACAUUGACGUCAUCGAGCCGGACAGGAAGUUGCUGAAACUAGCCAGGAAACAGGUCGAAGGUCAGUCGGUCAAGAUGCUAGAGCAAGGGAUGAUUUUGCAGAACCAGACGCAAGUCGCCACAGCCUUACAGAUAUUUUACAAUUUGAACACCUUGGAAACAACCAUAGAUAAGACAAUGUCCGAUAUUAUAAAUCGCGUUCGGGAUAAUUUAAAAAGUUCUUUGGACAUAAACAAUCUUGUUUAUCAGGGCGAUAGGAGAGGUGGGCCGGGCAAGGUGUCGGGGCUGUCGUCGGGCAACACGGCUGCCCUAAGAGCUGCCUUCUGGAUGAGUUUGGAAAAGCUGAUGGACGAACUCUACUCAUCUUACUCACAAGUUCUCCACUUACAAAAAGUUCUCUCUCGGAAGAGGGACCCAGUAACGCAUGCCCUGCUUCUCGAACAUUUGAAAUCUAACGUGGACUCCAACUACUCAAACUUACUGAAAAAUUUCUGGCUUCAAAUCACCAAACUUCUCUCAGAUGAGUUCAACAAAUCUGCGGAAAACAGCCCAUACCUAAAGCAGGCUCUAGAGGGCGAGUACCCCAAGCUUCUAAGGUUAUUCAAUGACCUUUGGAGACGCAUAAACUCGCUCGGCGGUCACGUGACCUUUGACUCCACGUUGAUUGGCGGGAGCGAAAUCCUUGAAAAUGGUGGUGUCGGUGAGAAUGGUAAAAUGGCCGAUGAAGAUUACGAUCCCGAGAAGGAGUUGAUAGACUGUGCGAAUCAGUUUGAGACGACCUACCUAUCCAAAUCACUGUCUAGACUCUUUGAUCCAAUUAACAUCGUCUUCUCGUCUAACUCUUCCAACAUUCCGAAUGAUAACGAUAUCGAGGGAAUCGUUAGAGCCAUAAGUAGUGAACUGGCAGUGUCUAGCUUCGACAGCAAGCUCUGCACGUCCAUUGCGAGAAACGUCGGCAAGACAAUCAUCCUCACUUGCUCCAAGUUCGAGCAGCUGAUAAUGAUUGGCGGCGAGGCCACUCAGGUCAUAGGGCCGCCAACAGAGCCCCAAAAGUACAACGCCAACAUUGCCAACUCUCUCUACAAGUUCUACCAGGCUUCUAAUAAGGUAUUUUCAAAUAUGCCCAGCCUACCUGCCCACGUGAUUCAACAUCUGAAUGAAGUACUACAGGGUGUGAACGACUUAAUAGUGAACACCUAUCAGCCAUUGCUAACUUCAGUUGGAAGUGCCAUUGAAGACAUUCUACUCACCAUGCAUAAUGAAGACUUUUCACAACCACUUCCAGCCGACAACGGUCAACAGCAGCAAGUAUCAUUGUACAUGAAGGAACUCCAGCUGUUCAUCUCAAGAGUUGCCGCUACCUACAUAUCACUCUAUCAAUGCGCUGACCUAAUAAUGCAAAGCUUGAACCAGACGGCCAGACGAUGUCUAGACUUGUUCGUGCGACACACCACCCUGAUCUGGUACUUGGGCGAGGGAGGUAAAAGGAGGCUGGCCAAUGAUUAUGCGCAGAUUGAAGUGGCCGUUGGACCUCUUUGUAACAAGAUGGCGGAUUUGGGCCGGUCCUACAGGCUGGUUAGGACUGUUAGGCCAAUGUUGUUUCAAGCCCCGGAAACGAUCGUCCAAUCCCCUUCGCUUGGUGAUAGCGUGCCAGUGAGUCUUGUCUUAAACAUGCUUUUCUCCAGAGGCCACCCCAACUUACGCCCCGCCUACCAAACUGCCGGCUGGAACUGCUCCAGAUACAGUAAAUGGUUGGAUGAUCAUCCGAACGAAAAAGACAGACUUCACUUUAUAAGGGGUAGUUUGGAGUCGUACGCCCUGUCAAUCACAAACAGGGGAGGAAAGGAGUUCGUGGCCAUCUACCCCUACAUGAUCGAGUUGCUACAGAAAGGUCUAACUUCAUUGUGAGAAUAUCACAAAUGAAUUGUUAACAUUACGUCAUGUUAUAUCAUUGUGCAGUUAGUUACCUUUAUUUAAUUGUACCAUCGUUUAAAUAUUUUUCUCGUUCUGUAGAUGGUUUAGAUUAAUUGUUAUUAGAUAUCUCAAUUAACGAAGUAAAAUUAUUCAUUUAUUUAUUUAUUUCAAAAAAUAUAUAUAUACAGGUACUGAAAUAAAAUAUACCCGGUAUUAGUUGAUGAUUUUAAUACUAUAUUCAUGUAUAUUCACAUACACACACACACACACAAUCGUAAAAUCGUAAUAUUGGUUGAUAUAAACACAGCUAUAAUAUAAUGCCAUACAAGUGUAUCCAUUAGCACUAUUAAUACACAUUUUAGUAACUAGCUCAGGGUAUAUAUAUAUAUAUAUACAUAUAUAUAUAUAUAUAUAUAAUUAUAAUUAUAUAUGGUUGCAUCAACCUACAUUAUCUCAUCUUUGUAUCGUUAAAACCGAAACGAGACGAAACAAGCGACUAAAAAUAAUCUCAAAUUCAUGGUAGACGCGCGUACGCAAAUUGUUAGGUAUAUAGACACAUGAAACAUGCACGCACAUACGAUGUGUACAACAUUCAGUAGUAAGUAUGGUAUUCGAGUCACCAUCUAGAAAUCAGUUGUAUGGUAUUCGAAUCACCGUCUAGAAAUCGUAAUCAUUUUUAUUUCCGAAAGCGAAAAGAGGAGCUCUCUCUUGUUUCUGCCGGUCAUCAUCGCUAUCUUCACUGACGCUCUCCUCGAUCGUCAUCGGCAGGUUGGUACUUGUUCUUUGGAUGCUUCUCGUUCUCUGGUUAGGAAUAGAUCUCUCCUUACUUGUCGGUCUGUUGGAUUCCGGAGAUGUCCUGUUUGGAAAGCGGAAGGGUUCGUGAUGGAAUAUGGAUGGAGAACUUUCGCUGCGUUUUCUGCGGAAGUCUGAUUUUGAUUUGGAGAUAUCCCUCUCCAUGAUUUCCAGCCUAUCCAGGUUGUGGUCCACUCGGAAACAGAUGAGGUUGACCAGGUCGUUG